ACUUUUUUUGCUCCGACAGAAGCACACCCCUCUGCAAAGUCCUUCAGUGCCUUGGAAAUCCUCAAUUUACCCAACAUGCAGAAAAUUCUGCUUUUUACACUCAUUUUGUUUGGCAUUGACUCCAUUUUUGCAGUGACACACUUCCUGCAGUAUGUCUACAGCGGUUCAUCAGGGAUACCGAAUCUCCCGGAGUUUAUGACAGUAGGGCUGGUGGACGGGGAGCCCUUCACUUACUAUGACAGUAACAUACGCAGAGAGGUUCCUCGUCAGGAAUGGGUGACUAAGGCUGUGGAUGAUGAUUACUGGGACAGGAACACUCAGGUCUCCAUGGAUACUGAGCCGGUGUUCAAAAAUAACAGAGAAAUUGCAAAGCAGUGUUUCAACCAAACUGGAGGUAUCCACACAGUUCAGUGGAUGUACGGCUGUGAGUGGGAGGAUGAAACUGGGGCCACAGGUGCUCUUCAUCAGUUUGGCUAUGAUGGGAGUGACUUCAUUGCAUUGGACUUCAAGACCAUGACUUAUGUGGCUCCAGUGAUGCAGGCGGUUCCCACUAAACUGAAGUGGGACAAUGACAGAGCUCGGAUGGAUUACUUAAAAAGCUACUAUAACCAGGAAUGCAUUGAGUGGCUGAAGAAGUAUGUGAGCUACGGGAAGAGCACACUGGAGAGGACAGUCCACCCUGAGGUGUCUCUCCUGCAGAAGGACCCCUCCUCUCCUGUCACCUGCCACGCAACCGGCUUCUUCCCCAAAGGGAUCGUGGUGACCUGGCAGAAAGAUGGAGUGGACAUCCACAGUGAUGUGUGGGUGGGGGAGACCCUGCCAAAUGGAGAUGGAACAUUCCAGAUCGCAUCAAAACUCACGGUGAAGCCUCAGGACUGGAAGACGAACAGCUACAGCUGUGUCGUGCAGCACAAGAGCCUCCAGGAUGACAUUGCUGUGCUGCUGGAGGAGAAGAACAUAAAAAGGACCAAUCAGGGAGGCGUUUCCUGGGGCAUCAUCGUCGGCUUUGUGGCUGCUGCUCUGGCUCUCGUUGCUGUUGUCACUGGGGUCGUGUUGUGGAGGAGGAGCAGGACAGGCUAUGGGAAAGCCGGCACGUCUGACACUGAUUCUGAGAACUCCAGCCAACAGCAACCAAAAGCAUGAGUUCACCCUCCAUGAUGUCACAGUUCAUCUCCUUCUCUGCCAGAAAGCUACAGACAAGAUGAGAUGAAUGUGCAGACUUGAUACCCCCCCCCCAAACACACACACACAAUACAAUAUACUGUCUAUUCUUUACUAAGCUUUUAGCAGCUUUACAAUCAGCAACAGUCAUGAGAUUCAAACUGUGAGGAGCAGAAUAAAUGUAAUCAGAAAAUAAUGCAGGCUUAUUUCUCUCUGUAAUUUUACUGUAUUAGCAGUUAAAGCUCCGCUGUCUUAUAGCUGCUCUGCUCUGUCACUGUGCGGCACUGCAGUCUGUUUUUAUCAUGAUCCGUCUCUUUAAAUGCCGCACAGCCUGCUGAUGAAGACGCCUGUGUGACCCUGUGUGUGAGAUGCACUGAUCACUGACUCACAGUAACGAGCACCAAGGAUAAAGCAACAGCAACCAGAGAGAUGGGCAAUGAAACGAUGAAUGUAGCUGAUAAAUGUAUGAAACAGUGUAACAGAACAUCAUCUAAUUUAUUAUUACAGGAAACCAACUUCAAAUUAACCAGUUAUAGUUCAGAGUUACAUAGUUAUGCUCAGGUGUGGAUUAUUGGUGGAUUAUUGACUUAGUGAAAAAAUAUAUUUUAAAUGCUUCUGAAUAACUGAGUAUCUAGUGCUUUUCUCACAGGGUUUUCACACAUUUGUUCUUUUUGUAUUUGAUAUAUUUUUCUGUUUAAGUUGUGAAUUUGUUUCUUUGACAAUUAAUGUGAUAUUAUUAACUUUUUCAGUCAGUCUAAUUGCUGUGGGUAAUGUUACUCUAAACCUUAUGCUUUGGUGGUUUUACAUACAAAAUUGUUUAAGUAAUUAUGAAAUUCUGUUUCUAUUAUGUACACAUGCAGAAAAUCAAUGAAUAUAUGAUCACCAUGUUCAUAAAAUGAAACUUCUUAAUAUCAGUCAAAUUAAUUCUGAAAGACAAACAGAAAUCCGUAUCACAUAAAUAUUCAUUUUGAAUGUAAAUAUUUUGUUUGAAAUGGGCAAAUAAAAUAAAGGGGAUAA